AUGUCCCUCUUCUCAGUGUUCUCAACAGGGGCCAGUGCGGUGUUUACCCAGCAGCCCACAGACCUGGUGGUGGUGGCGGGUCAGCCAGUGACCCUGCCCUGCUCCAUCCCUGGGUACCACGGCAUGGUGCUCUGGCUCCGAGAUGGCAUGGCCCUGGGAGUCAACAGGGACCUCUCAGGCUACCCACGUUAUGACAUCGUGGGAGACCACAGCAAGGGUGAAUACCACCUCUUGAUUCAGAGAACUGAAAUGCAGGAUGACGCCUUCUUCGAGUGCCAGGCCAUCCAGGCAGCUAUCAGAACACGCCCCGCCCGACUAACUGUGCUCGUUCCCCCUGAAGACCCUGUGAUUGUGGGGGCUCCCGUGGUGAGUCUAAGAGCCGGCGACCCCCUCAACUUGACAUGCCACGCCGACAAUGCCAAGCCUGCUGCCUCCAUCAUCUGGAUCCGCAACGGGCAGGUCCUGAAUGGCGCCAUGUACUCUAAGACACUGUUACGGGAUGGGCGAAGGGAGAGCACAGUCAGCACACUCUACCUCUCUGCCUACAACAUCGAGACAGGCCAACGGAUCACCUGUCGGGCUUCAAACAAGGCAGCGCCCAACGGUAAAGAUGCUGUCGUCACCAUCGAUAUCCAACACCUGCCUCUUGUCAACCUGUCUGUGGAGCCCCAGCCCAUACUGGAGGGCAACCUGGUGAAGUUUCACUGCUCUGCCAAGGCUAACCCACCCGUCAUCCAUUACAGAUGGGCCAAAGGGGGCAGCAUCAUCAGAGAGGUGUCAGGUGACACCUAUGAGGUCAUUGUGGACCACUCCUUCUUCACCGAGCCUGUCUCCUGUGAGGUCACCAAUGCCCUGGGCAGUACCAACAUCAGCAGGAACGUGGACGUCUACUUUGGGCCCAGAAUGGCUGCUGAGCCACAGUCCCUACAGGUGGACCAGGGAUCAGAUGCUAUCUUCAACUGUGCCUGGACAGGAAACCCCUCCCUCACCAUCGUGUGGAUGAAACGCGGCUCUGGAGUGGUGCUUAGCAAUGAGAACAUCCUGACGCUAAAGGCGGUGAGGCAGGAGGAUGCUGGGAAGUACGUAUGUCGGGCGGUGGUCCCCCGAGUUGGAGCUGGAGAGAAGGAAGUGUCCCUCACUGUGAAUGGUCCUCCCACUAUCUCCAGCACCCAGACCCAGCAAGUCCUCUACGGGGAGAAGGGGCAGAUCAAGUGUUUCAUCCGCAGCACUCCUCCUCCCGACCGCAUUGCCUGGUCGUGGAAGGAGACAGUCUUGGAGUCGGGGACGUCUGGCCGAUACACGGUGGAGACAGUAAGCUCUGAGGAGGGGGUCAUCUCCACCCUCACCAUGAGUAACAUCGUCCCUGCUGACUUUCAAACCAUCUAUAACUGCACCGCCUGGAACAGCUUUGGGUCCGACACAGAGAUAAUUCGACUGAAGGAACAAGAGUCCCUCCGAUUGGCUGUCAUCAUAGGAGUGGCUGUGGGAGCGUUCCUCGCCCUCAUUGUCCUCAUGGGCACAUUGGGUGCCUUCUGCUGUGCCCGCUUCCAGAGGAAUCUCAAAGGAGUGGGUUUGGCAAAAAACGACAUCCGGGUGGAGAUUGUUCACAAGGAUCACAACGUAGCGCGGGAAACAGAGGAGCACACAGCAAUCAAGCAGAUGAUGAUUGAGCGUGGGGACUUCCAGGCACAGGAAUCUGUGCUGAAGCAGCUGGAAGUCCUACAAGAGGAAGAGAAGGAGUUCCAGCACAUUAAGGAUCCAACAAAUGGCUACUACAGCGUCAAUACCUUCAAGGAGCACCAUGGCACCCCGACUAUGUCAAUGGCCCCCAGCCAGACCGGCGGCGCAGAAGUCCGGAACCCUUCAGCUUCCUCUUCAGCCACCAUGGGCAAGCAACGCGUGCCAACAGGCAUGUCCUUCACCAACAUCUACAGCACGCUAGGUGCCGGGCCCAACCGCCUGUACGACUACAGCCAGCGUUUCGUGCUAGGCAUGGGCAGUAGCUCCAUCGAGCUGUGCGAGCGUGAGUUCCAGAGGGGCUCGCUCAGUGACUCCAGCUCCUUCAUCGACACGCAGUGCGACAGCAGCGUGAGCAGCUACAGCAAACAGGACGGCUACGUGCAGUUUGACAAGGACAGCAAGGCCUCGGCCGCCUCCUCCUCCUCCCACUACUCGCAGUCGUCCUCGCAGAACUCAGACCUGACGCGGCCGCUGCAGAAACGCAUGCAGACCCAUGUGUAAUGGCAGAAGGAGCUACAGUAUGGAUUGAUUGGACAGGAUGGGUCGAGGAUAGCACCUUUGGACACUCUGAGGAACACUGCCUGACCGGUGUACAGUGCUAUAUUUUUGUUUGGUUUGUACUCUGGUCCUCUCCUUAUAUGGACACUGUACGUACCAUACUUUUUACAGACACACAGUACAUGUUCUUUGGAUUACAUGGGAUAGACUGUAUUCUCCUUGAAACAAUCUCAUCAACAAAAAAAACAUUAAAAGAACAUCAUAACCUUGAGAGCCACAAUUGGUCGAAAAAAGAUGACAAUCAAUGUCCACUUUUUCAAUGAACAUUGCUCUGCUGUUGACCCCUAUUCUGUUUCGACUAGUGGACCUCCUCAAAACGUGGAGAUGUAGGCAUUAUUCACACAUCUGUGUGGAAUAAUUCCAGAAUUGUAAAAAAGUUUAUGUUUAUCAUCUAAAAAGACAAACUGUUGGGACUAUGUUCAGCUGCCCGGUUGGGGUUUGAAGCACAAAGGGGUAUUGUUAAAAACUGCCAGAGGCAUUUCUUGUAUCUGCGGGAUAAAAAAACCUUAGAUGGAUAAUGAAACCUCUGAGGAAAGAUGGAGGGAGCGGCAGGCUAUGUAAUGAAAAGGAACACCUUGCCAACUGACCGAAGGACUGACCUGCAGGUCUAAUAUCUCUACACCUGGACUACUUUAAUACUCAAUGGAUUAUAGAUUUUGGUUAUCUAAGUAUAUUCUAUAUUUUGCUCCUUUACUUUGGACUAACGGAGAUGUUUUGCCUUUUUGAUGUAUGCCUUGUGAAAGUUCACUACUGAGUCACAGGUCACAGAUAAAUGCAUGGAGAAGUGGAUGUGUCAUACUGUUGUACUACUUCACUUGAGCUAACGUAUCAAAUGCUUUGUUCACUCACAAACUGUUGGUUUCUUUCUUAUGGUCAAGGACAUUAACAUCUGUACUUUCCCAUUCAAUGUGUGACACUUGCAGCUUGAUCGUGUGUGUGUGAGCAGAUAGCUGUGGAGCCAAAUACAGUGUUAUUGCUGCCGGAGCCGUUCUCAUUUUCGUGGCUUGCCAUACUUAGCUGAUAUUGUGUUGUUUACACUGGAGCUCUGUAAAUCCAGCAUUUUUGUCUAUUGUGAUUUGACUACUGAAUGACAGGGAUAAAGAUAAAGUUACUUUUUCUGUCUGUCGCCUCUGUGGUUACAAUUACUCAGUGCCCACCGUUUUUAGUGAGACACUGUUCUGUAUCAAAUGGUACUAUUUAGCUUGAAAAGUGAUGAUUAGGUGGGUCUGUAUAAGAGUAAACACUGAAGGUGAUUAGCAAACCAAAUAGUUAAUAUUAACUAUAGUAGGAUCUUGAAGAUAUGCACUCGGAGU